AUGCAAACAGUGCAGACCCUUGAACGUCAAUACAACAUCAGCAAAGCGCAAAUCAUGCAAAGCCAGGCUGUCAACGCAGACUAUGAUCACAGCGGCUGGGACCGUGGCCAUUUGAACCCCAAUGGCCACCACAACACCUUGGACAGCAGGAAUGCGACCUUCACCCUCACCAACAUAGUGCCCAUGAACGAAAAACUCAACCGAGGCACCUGGAAAAAGUACGAGCAGCAAACGAUGGCCAAUAAAAGCAAGGACUGUCAAACCACCUAUGUCAUUGUGGGGGCUGUGCCUGGGAACUCCUCCAUCUCCAAUGGGAGGGUUAAUGUACCCAGCCACAUCUGGUCUGGUGCCUGCUGCAAGACCAAGAACAACACCAUGAGUGCUUGGGGGGCCAUUGCCGAGAACAACCAGGACCAGGUCUGGGACCUCACUCUGGGACAGCUGGAGAACAGUUUGGCCCAGCUGUAUGGAAUGCAAAAUAUUUCUCUCUUCCACAGUUCCUGUCCCCGUACAAACCCCUCACAUCCCGGGUGUAAAAGGCUCAGGGGCUUUUCCCACAUAUCACAGUAUCACAGAAUGCUUUGAGUUGGAAUGGACCUCAAGGAUCAUCCAGUCCCAACCCUGCCUGCAAUAUAGC